AUUAAGUGUCAGUGUGUUUUUGCUGAUGUUUUCAUAUUAGUUGCUGCAACUUCCUCCAUCCCCGUCUCUUAGAGUAUAAAAUGUGCCAAAUCACUGCAGCUCUGAUCUUCAUAGGCCAACACACUCCACAUGACAGACUGGAGAAGAAGAUCCCAUGAUAAUCUGAGCAGCCGGUAGGGAAGAUCAGGGCAGAAUGGAGAUGACCCAGAGUGUCUAUCGACUUUUAGACUCUGGUGGAGUCAACAGACCCUCUUCAGACCAAUAUGAAGAAGCAGACGCCACUGAGGUUGACAUCAAGACUCCAUACUCUGGACAGAGGAAGGAAGGCCCAAAUCCUCAACAUUCUGGACCCUGGAAAACCAUAGCCAUGUGUCUGGGUUUACUGUGUGCUGUCCUGCUGUCUGGCAUCACGGUUCUCAGUUUCGAAGUGACCAAAAUCAGCCACAACAAUCAGAUGAAAGGAACUUCUCAGGUGCAGGCGAGUAGCAGCGACCUGAGAAAUGAGACAGCACAGCUACAAGAUAGUCAUAAGCACUUGAGUGAGACAGACAUGAUGCAAUUACAGAGAGAUUACAGCAAUCUGAAGACAGAAAAAUCUAAUUUACAAAUUAGUAACAAUAAUCUGGUUAGAGAAAAAUCACAGUUACAGUACAAAUAUAACAACUUGAAUAGAGAGAAGUCCCAGCUACAGGCCAAUUACAGCAACCUGAAUUCAGAAAAAUCACAGCUACAAGACCGUUAUAAUGACCUGAGUAGUGAGAAAUCUAGGUUACAGACCAGUUACAACAACCUGAAUUCAGAGAAAUCACAGCUACAAGACCGUUAUAAUGACCUGAGUAGUGAGAAAUCUAGGUUACAGACCAGUUACAACAACCUGAAUUCAGGGAAAUCACAGCUACAAGAACGUUAUAAUGACCUGAGUAGUGAGAAAUCUAGGUUACAGAUCAGUUACAACAACCUGAAUUCAGAGAAAUCACAGCUACAAGACCGUUAUAAUGACCUGAAUUCAGAGAAGUCCCAGUUACAGGGCAGACUCAACACCACGGCUGCUAAGAAGGACGAACUAACCACGGCUGCUGAGAAGGACGAACUACUGAGGAGAUUUUGUGAAGCAAAGAUGGAUGUUACUCAGUAUGCAGUGGAAAUGGCUCUGGAUCCUGAUACUGCUGAUGACCAUCUCACCCUGUCUGCUGAUGGGAAACAAGUGAUUCGUGAAAACACGAGACAGCAUCUCCCCUACAGCGCAAAGCGGUUUCUUUAUUACGCUGUCCAGGGAACACAGGGGUUCUCCUCAGGUAGAUCUUAUUAUGAGGUGCAGGUCAAUGUGAGCAGGAGCUGGGAACUGGGAGUGGUCAGAGAGUCCUGCAACAGGAGGGCAGUAGCCUCAGGCAGGAAUCCAAACAAUGGCUACUGGAUAAUAAAGAGGUCUGGCAGUUCAUACAGGGCAGGUGCUGCACCCUCUGUUCUCCUCUCCCUGAAAGAGGACCCAGAAAGGGUGGGGGUGUUUGUGGAUUAUGACGCAGGUUUGGUCUCAUUCUACGAUGCAGACAUGUGGGCUCUGGUCUACUCUUUCAAAGGAGUCUCCUUCAGGAAGAAAAUGUAUCCCUACUUGUAUGCUGGCGAUUCUUUUCCACUGAGCGUUGUCACCCCAGUCUCUUGUGUUUUAUAAUUCAUAUUAGUAAUGUUGUGACUUGAAUUUCCCCUUGGGAUCAAUAAAGUAUCUAUCUACUUCCUAUUACAACACAUUUACUCC